AUGGCCAAAACCAAGAAGUCUGGCGACACACUUUCGUCCCGCCUCGCCCUUGUUAUGAAGUCGGGCAAGGUCACAAUGGGAACCAAAUCCACAAUGAAAACGCUUCGCUCCGGAAAGGCGAAGUUGAUCCUCAUUUCUGGCAACUGCCCUCCCCUCCGCAAGUCCGAGCUUGAAUAUUAUGCCAUGCUCGCGAAGACCCCAGUGCACCACUUCAACGGAAACAAUAUUGAACUCGGUACCGCGUGCGGUAAACUUUUCCGCUGUUCGGCUAUGGCCGUGCUGGAUGCGGGUGACUCGGAUAUUCUGAGCCGUGAGGCGUAA